AUGCAAGACCCUACCCUUACCUUGCCUCGAAUCAUUUGCCUUCAUGGAGGUGGCACAAAUGCUCGAAUUUUUCGCAUGCAAUGUCGCGUCUUAGAAAGUACACUUCGCUCGGUCUUCCGUCUGGUCUAUGCUGAAGCACCCUUCCCAUCACAGCCCGGCUCAGACGUCACAUCGGUUUACAAGAAUCACGGCCCCUUCAAAUCAUGGUUACGGAUCACAUCUUCUGACAUUGCUCACGAGCCACAUCAUAUUAUUGAAUCUAUCAACACAGCAAUCGCAACGGCGAUGUAUGCAGAUUCAGAGUCUGGUGCAACAGGCGAAUGGGUAGCUUUACUAGGUUUCAGUCAAGGAGCCAAACUAGCUGCUAGCAUUCUUUAUGCCCAACAAUCUAUGCAGCAGCGUGCAGGUGCAAAUACUGUGAUCUGGCCAAACUUUCGGUUUGCCAUUCUGAUGGCUGGUCUGGGACCUUUAGUCUGGCUUCUUCCAACGAGAAGUGAUAUUUGCUCAUCCGUGUCAAUAUCAGCUGGUCUCGUUGAUGCUGCUUGUCCAUCAGUCGGUAUUGAUGAGCCUACUAUUCCGCUUGACUCGGAUGACCAUAUACUACGGAUUCCUACGCUACAUGUUCAUGGAUUACAGGAUCCGGGUUUGAGAAGCCAUCGCGCACUGUUGAAUAACUAUUUUGAGGAAAGUUUAGUGUCGCUGGUUGAGUGGGAGGGUGAGCAUAGGAUACCAAUCAAGCGAAUGGAUGUGGAUACCGUUGUGCAGGAGAUUUAUAGUUUGGCGAAGCUCACUGGCGUGCUAGACAUGUGGUGA